AUGGAAGAUUACCCAUCCGAAUAUUUGAUGCACCUUGCUUGUCCCUUUCCUAGACACGAACCGGAGAAGCAUCAGUUCUUCAGAGGAAGCUGUACGGAAGGAUGGGGGUUCGAGAGCUUGAGGCUAUUGAUGGAACAUCUCCGGCACGAUCAUAGCCUCGACUUCGGAUGCCCGGUGUGUAAAGAGCGGUUUCGAGACAAAAGACACGCGAAGACUCAUAAAGAUAGUUCCUGUGAGGCUAAGAACCUCGCCGCCAACAAGCCUGUGUGGAUGAGCCAAGCCCAAAACAGAGAGUUCGUCAAGCUAAACUUCAACAAGAGUAAGGUUUCGGUAGAGACUGCCUGGGAUAUGAUCUGCGUGGCUUUAUGGGGGCGGAACCACAAGGCCGAAAUCCCUGGGAUGUACCACGUGCCGGGCUUCUUUCAAUCUCGUCUGAUCUACUGCUCGAAUGCGCGUGAUCCUCACCUGGACCGUCAAUUCAGGCAGGUCCAGCGCCUCACUGGUGCAGAUAUAUCCUUACCUGAGACUUUGAUGGAUGCUUCGUUUUCGGGCGGGUCUAUCUACUCCAAUAAGCCUCUCACUGCUCUUGCUUCUAGCAAACCUUCAACAUUAGACUCUGGCAUCGGGAUGGGGGAAGAUGCGGACGAACGAAAGAAUACCACCCAAGGUGGCACCUCAGCGGAAACAGCGUAUCCGCCAAGUCCUGGUUUGUAUUUACCACGGAUGAAUGGUUCGCCGCCCCUCGAUGACACGGGCUUUCACAGCCUUGGCUAUAGCAAUCAAGCCGUGCUAUCUUUACCAUACGAUAAGGACUUGUGGCUAUGA